AGCAUUUCCACUUUCGUCAGGUACUGGAGAGGUCUGCCGGCCGGGUGCCAGGGCAGAGGGGCAGGGCGGACGGCUAGGAGUCCAAGAAACAUCCUGGUCUGAGGGAAAGACUGCAGCCUGCACCGCCAUGAAUAAGCUUUUCAGCUUCUGGAAGAGGAAGAAUGAGACCCGCAGCCAGGGCUACAACCUUCUAGAAAAGGAUUUAAAGAAACUUCACAGAGCUGCUUCAAUUGGGGAUUUGAAGAAGCUGAAGGAAUGCCUUCAGAUCAAGAAAUAUGAUGUAAACAUGCAUGACAAAAAACACAGUGUUGUCCAAUCUUCUAGAUGGCUUUUAUCCUACACCACUCCACUGAAUAACUUUAUAAGAACACCUUUGCACCUAGCCUGUGCUAAUGGACAUACAGAUGUUGUACUUUUCCUAAUUGAGCAACGAUGCAAAAUAAAUGUCCUGGAUAGUGAAAACAAAUCCCCAUUGAUUAAGGCAGUACAGUGUCAAAAUGAGGAUUGUGCUACUAUUCUUCUAAACUAUGGUGCAGACCCAGAUCUGAGGGAUAUUCGUUAUAAUACUGCUCUUCACUAUGCUGUUUGUGGUCAAAGUUUGUCAUUAGUUGGAAAACUGCUUGAAUAUGAAGCUGAUCUUGAAAUGAAAAAUAAGGAUGGGUGUACUCCACUAUUAGUUGCCGUUACUAACAAUAAUCCAAAAAUGGUAAAAUUUCUUCUGGAGAAAGGGGCUGAUGUGAAUGCUUCAGAUAAUUAUCAAAGAACAGCCCUUAUGCUUGCUGUCAGUGGUGAACCAACAUGUUCAGUAAAUCAUCUUCUUCGGCAAGGUGUGGAAUUAUGUUGCAAAGAUACUCGUGGAUUCACAGCUGAGGAAUAUGUUUAUUUCUUUGGUUUUACCGUAUACCCACAAUUCACUGCGAGCCAUGGAAAGAAGAAACAUGCUAAAUAGACACCUUAUUCUUGGCACUACGUGUGACUAAAGGAAGAUAUGGAACCCAUUUCUACAAUUUCUUUGCCGCUUCCUUGAAUUGGAAAAAAUGUAUUUUGAAAGAACCGUUAAGUGAACUAUUAUAAUAUUUUUGCUGACUAGCCAGUUGAAGAAAAGUUUGUUAAUUGGAUGGGAUUUUUUUUUUUCACGUUAGAAGACAUGAAGAAAUUUUAAAAGAUAAACAUCUAUAUUGUGAACCAUCAGCUGAAAAGAUAAAUUUGUGUUCAAUAUAUAGGCAGAAAAAAAUUUGUGUCAAAAUAUUGAAUGGAAUAAUAAUGAGUAAACUGUGUUAGGCAUGUAUUAAAACAUUUAAAUAAAAUAAAAAUACAUUUCGGCUACAAAAUGAAGGAAAACAUUAUAAAUAA